AUGGAUUCCUCGCUGACCAACCUACUUGUCUUCAACAACACCAUUCAAAGAGAGUUGAUCAGGAGCGUGCAUGUGUACCGCGAAUGUGAUGGGGAGGAAAGGGAAGUUGAAAGAGAGUUUGCGUUUUCAGAGAGUGGUUCCUAUGAGGAAAUGCAGGCUACCCCAAUUCUUAGAUUGAUGAAAUUUCGUGUUUCUGAAGUUUAUGAAGGGUACCAGAAUGGAGUGUGGCUUUGUAUCUUUGCAUUUCACUUCGAUCACACUCCUCAAUUUUCUCACAUUCCAUCGCUAUUGUUGGUCACGAGAAACCAGAAGCUUCAGACGAUUCCAAAUUUGCUUAAUGAUCUCCAUAUCAUAAGCAAGUUGGACUCGAAGAAUGAAGACAAGGAUAUACCACAAGACUCUGCAAGGGAAGAAUGGCAAGGAAACAGCAAUGGUUACCAACCAUCACAAAAAGUCUUGCCUGUGUUUUAUCAGGAUCUCAAUUGUCUUCCUUAUGAAGAAGACGAGUCUGAAUUACCAGACAAUGAGACAGAUGUUGAAAGCUUGCCAGAUUUGGUAGAGAAGAAAAAGAGAGCACCCAGUAACCAUGUGGCAAAAAUUUCUUUAUCAGAUUUGGUCAAGUACUUUGAUAUGCCAAUUGUAGAAGCAUCAAGAAAUCUAAAUGUUGGGCUUACUGUUCUCAAGAGAAAGUGCAGAGAAUUUGGUAUUCCCCGCUGGCCUCAUAGGAAGAUCAAAUCACUUGAUAGUCUCAUUCAUGAUCUUCAGGAAGAGGCAAAACACCAAGAAUUGGAGGACAAGGUUGCGGCCAUGGCGGUGACAAUGAGGCAAAGAAUGUUGGAGAAUGAAAAGGAAAACAUAGAGAAAAAACCCUUCAUGGACAUACAAAGUGAGACCAAGAGAUUCAGGCAGGAUGUUUUCAAGAGAAGGCACAAAGCUAGAGCUAUUGAAAAACAGAGUUCUGAAGUUUCCAGCACUUAG